AUGCUUCAUCAACAUUUUGAACCGCAGAACUCAUCAAAGCUUUUAUAUUUUAUAUUUGUUGCUGCGGCAAUAUUAUGCCUCACCUUAUUGGCUUCAAUAAAAUCAAUUUACUCUUCUGUUUCUCCUGAUGGAAAGCAUCUUGUGGUACCACACGAAAAUAACCUAGGAUAUGCAAAUUCACAUUACUUUGAAGAGGUCAAACAUAUCACAGAAACUGAAGGAAAAUAUUAUUUUCAAGAGAUACAUGACAAGGAUUCAAAACCUUUGCAAACAAAACAAGAUGAAGAAUUUGAUAGUAGCAUUCGGGACAUCAAACACGCAAUCGAAAGGGAAGAACAAAAAGUUCACCUGCUAAAACACGAAAACAAUUACCUAGUAGAAGAAUUGAAUGCUCUUGAGCAGAUUAUCGAUGUAGUCGUGGAGAAAUUGGUGAGCUUCACUUCAAAUAAAAGCGUAGACGCUAGAAAUGACCUUAUUCAAAACCUACUUGCUAACACCAGUGAGGAGAUCCAAUUUGGCUCAAUAUAUGGAAAAGAAUGGAAAUCACACAAAAAACAGGUGAUGGAAUUCAUCUAUGAAGAUUCUCUGAACGAUACGUUAUUACCGGAACGUUCCGAGUACUUUACAAAUAUAUUCCAGUUGAUCUUAGCCAACAAGCCGAACAUCAGGCCUUUGUCACACUACAUGAACGGUAGAAUAUCGAAUGCAGUGUACGCAAACAGGCAAACGACCCCAUGCUUGACCGUCGACGAGUUGAGCAGCCAUCUCAUCCUGGAGGACAGUGACGUGCAGGCGUUACAGGACACCCACCACCGGUUUGUCCGCACGUUGUCCAGCAUAUACCCAAACGACAUCUACGAGCCGGGCACACGGGGAAUAGUGUAUGUCGGUGGCAAGGAGUCCUCGUGGUCAAUCAUGCUAUCCAUCAUGAACAUCCGGGACAGCGGGUGUAACCUUCCUGUCGAGGUGUUGAUACCUUCCUACCAUGAAUACAGCCUGGACAUGUGCAAGAACGUAUAUCCCCGCUACAACGCACGGUGCCUGUUCCUGCCGGGUUUGAUCAGCGGCAAGGUGAGACACCGCAACAAGAUACACAGGCACCAGUACAAGAGUGUGGCCUUGGCGCUGUCCAGUUUUGAGGAGGUGUUGCUGUUGGAUGCAGACAACUAUCUGCUGGACAACCCGGAGAAGCUGUUCUAUUCGAAGCCGUUCCAGGAGAACGGGAUGGUGACGUGGCCCGACCUGUGGAAACGGACCACACAUCCAAGGUUCUACACAAUCAUCGGGAAGGAAAUCACCACAGAUACCGAGAGACGGGUCUAUGGAUACACCGAAUACGGCCAGCGGUUUACCCAAGUGUGUGAGAAGGAGGAGGAUGUACCGCUACACCAGCUGGAGGGCACCAUGGCAGAUCCAAGCAGUGACUCGAGCCAGUUGCUGAUAUCGAAGCGGGAGCACAUUGGCACGAUCAUCUUGUCGAUGUACUACAACACAUAUGGACCCGAGUACUACUACCCGAUACUCUCGCAGGGCGCAUCGGGGCAGGGAGACAAGGAGACGUUUAUUGCGGCAGCACAUGCACUGGACAAGAAGUACUACACGGUGAAGAAGAUGCCGGAGUUUGUGGGUAGUCUGGUGCAGGAGAAGUGGAGAGCCAACGCAAUGGCCCAGUUUGAUGCAACGGAGGACUACGAGAUAGCAGAACGGUACCGGGACAGCACCGAGGAGGUGGCGGAGCAGCCAGCGGUGCUUCUUCUGCAUGUCAAGAGCAGGGAACUACAUCCGUGGAGAAAGUACCACGACGAACGGGUUCCUCACAAGGGGGACACGGGGAGAAGUCGUUUGUACGGAGACGAAUUCCCCAACGUUGCCAAGUACGACUUUGAGUUGGAGACAUGGCGAAACAUGGAGAAGUUGCUAUGCGAAGAUAAAAUAAGGUUCCAUGUGUUUGAACGAGAGGAAGUCUCCACGGAGGAAGCGUGUCGAGAGGUCCUUGAACAAAUCGCAUAUUUGGAAAUGACAACAAUGUAA